AUGAUCAAAGCCAAUGACUCUGAAAAACCAGCCAGAUGGUUAUGCUUAUUAGGGUUUUUUUAUUUGUUCGGGAUCGGUGUUGAUAUGAACUAUCAGAUAGCAUUCACAAUAUUUAAUAAUGCGGUUGAGGGUGAUGAUGAUGGUUACGCGAAAUUAUUUAUUGGGCAUUGUUAUCAAUGCGGAUUCGGGAUUGCCAAAGACACCAAGCUACAAGAAUCCUGGUUAAAAAAGUCAGCUGAAAAUCGGAAUCCACGGGGACAACAAGAUUUAGCGCAAUUUUACAUGUAUUUUGACAAAUCGAAAAACCGUUUUUGGUUGGCCUUUUAUUGGUUUCGAGAGGCUGCGCUUGCCGGGAAUGAAAGUAGUCAACAGAUUUUGGCAGCGUUUUUUGAAUUUGGCGAUGCGUGUAAUAAAGAUAUUUUCACGGCCAUCAAAUUGAAUAGACGUUGUAUAAAGAGAAAUGAUCUGGCACCAUAUGCAAUGUUUGGUUUGAAUAGAAUAUUUUCACCUUUGUAA